UUCUUUUCGUUUGCAAUGUAAGGGUUAAGGAAGAUUGGAGCACAUGAGGAUUGAGGAUGAAUUUUUUUUUAAUUUUCAAAACCCACAUGUGACCGGUGAAGUCCGGCCUGCCAGGGCUGUACGAGGGGGUUCGGUCCAUACUGUCCAAAUACCCUUAUUUCCCAAUGUCAUGCUAGUGUCGAACAGGAGAUUCAUCCCGGUGAUCGUGGAACCGGGUAACUUCUGGUCUCCCGACUCCCCUAAGGUUGUGUACGUCCAGCCGGCCGACCCACUGGCCCCUGGGCGUAACGUCCUGGUCAAGACCGUCUCGCCCGACCUGUCUCGACUCUUCCUCGGCCGAGAAGCACGUCCUCCGAGGGAUAGAAAGCCGCCCAGGAUCGACUACCCGGCACCCAAGAGGGAGAAGAGAGAGUGGAAGUUCGACGAGUUCGUCGACGACCUCAAGAAAGACUCGGUGAUAAGCGGUAUCAAGGAGGACAAAGUGAACGUGACCAAAGAAGAACCAUCGGACGUCUUCACAGAAAUCCCACUCACAAAAGAGCCGGAGAGAGAAGAACCCAACCCCAUCGCGUUCCUCUUUGACCAGCUCCUGUCCCAAGUCUACACCAAAAAAGUACAAAAGACGUCGAGAAGGAAAAGCGAGCUAAUAUUCAGUUCUAGCCGGCCUUGGGAAAGCCUCUGCCGUCACAACUCCUGUCCAUCGCAUUUGGACCGCAGGGUGGUAGAUAAGUUUGAAAAGUACUCUAAGGACGAUCUCCUGGCAUUCAGUUCAGAUGAGGUGCGGAAAAUCAGAAGGGAAUUCGAGGAGAGGAUUAGAACAGCCGGGAACUGGCUGGCGGCCGAGCUACAAGACAAGGACAUGCUCACCACAGAUCAGGAGGGCCUGUGCGGCCUCAUAACCGCCUUCCUCCAAGCGAAUUCCAGCAAAACAAGGGACGACGCUAGGCUCAGGUUCUCCAUCAGCCCUGUCACGACCGACCAGUCGGGAUUCCAGGAGUGGGCCAGGGCAAUGAGGAUGGUCGCAAGGCUGCCGGACGGCGUACCGGCGCACUUCAGGAAAAACCUAUGGCUUAGCCUCGCUGAACGACACCUUAACACCAAAGGUCAUACGAACUGGCAGGCGACGGAGCGCAGGCUGUUUUCCGAGACGACCUCGUCUGAGGACCGCGAGCUGAGCGUGCAGAUUGUCAAGGACCUCCACAGGACCGGAUGUUCGCUGUUCUGCGGCGCUACCGGCCAGCACAACCAGGCCGUCCUGAAAAGAGUCUUGCUCGCCUAUGCUAGGUGGAACAAGAACGUCGGCUAUUGUCAGGGCCUUAACAUGCUCGCCGCCCUCAUUCUCCAGGUGAUGCAGGGAUCCCAGAGCGCAACCGUCAAAGUGAUGAUCUACCUUAUCGAGGGAGUCCUACCCGAGAGCUACUUCGGCAACAACCUCCGCGGACUUUCAGUCGAUAUGGCCGUUUUCAGAGAUCUUCUGAAACUGAAGGUCCCCGAACUGUCCCGCCACCUCGACCAGCUCCAGCAGGAGAGCAAGGACUCGGGGACGAGCUACGAGCCGCCACUCUGCGACGUGUUCACAAUGCAAUGGUUCCUGACUCUCUUUUCGACCUGCUUGCCCCAGUCGACCGUCCUGCGCGUCUGGGACCUCGUCUUCCUCGAAGGAGACCAGAUACUGCUGAGGACUGCGCUCGCCAUAUGGGAUACCCUUUCUGAGAGGAUGAUGGCAGUGAGGAGUGCGGACGAGUUCUACAGCAUCAUGGCAGUACUAACCAGGGAGAUGAUGGAGUUUGGACUCAUGGAGCCGAACAAUCUCAUAAAGGUCAUCGAUAGAAUGUCGACUCCGGAGGUGACCGAGCUGAGGGAGAAGUACGUAUUCAACAUCUCACCUUGGGCUGUCAGUACAGUAGCCAAGAUGGGGCUGAAACUCUUCUAUCCUGACACUUACGACCAAGCAGCAGGAGGUGAUGAUCUCAGACAGUCUGACGUCAAGAUGACGCCUUUUUCCAACCACCCGGACAGGGAGAAGAUCGCUUUGGACAUUAGCGCUUUGAAGAGGCAGUACUGGAAGCUCAGGGAACGACAGCGCCAGGCGCAUAUUAUCUUAUCAGCUUGCAGAAGCGAGACCCUUGCGACUGGCAAUUCGCCGGCUUUGAACCAUCUCCUCCUUGGUAAGAGAGCACUCCUCUCGGCCAAGGGUAGGAAGAUAGAAGGCGCUAUACCAAUGCUGGACAAGAAGAGGGAGACGAGGGACCCCAGGGGCCAAACCCUGCACUGGAAAGAUGCCGGAAGAGAUGGUUCUAGGUCGCCGUCGCCUUCUUCGAGUUCCAGUUCGUCAUCGUCGACCGAGCUGUGCGAUUCGAGCGAUUCGGACAACUCGACGGACGAGAGGUUGACAAAAGACGAUGAGAAAAUCGAAGAAGAACCACCAAGGAAGGGCGAGGAGGACAGGACGUUAGAUAACGUCAAAAAAGAGAGGAGGAAGUCGGAAAUCGCCCUUCUCCAGAUACUCCAGGAGAACUCCGAGAUACUCCAGAGGAUCCAGAGCCACAGGAUUGACGAGCCGGAAGACAUCAGGGAGAUAAGGAGGAAGUACAGCCGUGUCUCGUUCGACCCCGGACCCUCGGACCAGGGUUCGUCAGGGACGACGACAUCGCCCCCCGGGUCGCCAAGUGCCCGACCCCAGCCACUACCGGACCUGCCGAGGUUCUCGCCUUUCCCAACCAAGUCGCCUCGGAAGAAGGAAGUCGGGAUCGGUCUUGGCCUCUAUUCCUCCCAGGACUCAUAAAAAUAACCUUUUUUCAAUAAAAAGACAAUAAAAAAACAUUAGGCGAAAACAACCUAGCUGCUUAAAAACGACUUUCCGUCUAAAGUCAAUUUUUCUCCACAAAAUUGAAGAUUUUUCUCUAACAAAAAGUAAUAAUUCUAACUGUAUAUAUAUUGACUGAUAAUAUAUUUUGUUCGAUUGA